AACUAAAGCCCCAUUUCUCUCUCUCUAGCAAGAAAGAGAGAAAUUCCGAUUUGUAAGAUAAAAAAUAAAAAGAGAGAGAAGAAAAAUACGGCGAUCUGAACGGAGGAAGAGGCAAAUGGGCACACUUCAAACAUGGAGAAAAGCAUACGGAGCUCUAAAAGAUCAAACCAAAGUUGGACUUGCCCAUGUUAAUUCCGAUUACAAGGAUGUGGAUGUGGCGAUUGUCAAGGCUACAAAUCACGUAGAAGUUCCACCCAAAGAUAGACACCUCAGAAAAAUUUUGGCUUCCACAUCAGCAAUUCGGCCUCGGGCUGAUGUUGCAUACUGCAUGCAUGCACUUGCAAGGAGGUUGGCAAAGACACAUAACUGGACGGUUGCAUUAAAAACACUGAUAGUUAUCCAUAGAAUGUUGAGAGAAGGUGAUCCGACAUUUAGGGAGGAACUUUUGAAUUUCCAGCAGAGAGGGCGCAUCCUUCAAUUGUCCAAUUUUAAGGAUGAUUCAAGUCCCAUUGCUUGGGAUUGUUCUGCUUGGGUACGGACAUAUGCAUUCUUCUUGGAAGAAAGACUUGAAUGCUUUAGGAUACUGAAGUAUGACAUUGAAGCCGAGCGUCUUCCAGGACCUGCACAAGGCCAAGAGAAGGGUUAUAGUAGAACUAGAAACUUGGACAGUGAAGAACUUUUGAAUCAACUGCCUGCCUUGCAGAAGCUGCUGUACCGUCUUAUUGGAUGCCGGCCUGAAGGAGCAGCUGUUGGCAAUUAUGUGAUUCAGUAUGCCCUUGCCCUGGUGCUCAAAGAGAGUUUUAAAAUUUAUUGCGCUAUAAAUGAUGGAAUUAUCAAUCUUGUUGACAAGUUUUUUGAGAUGCCAAGACAUGAAGCCAUUAAAGCUCUUGACAUCUAUAAAAGAGCUGGUCAGCAGGCUGCUAAUCUUUCUGAUUUCUAUGAAGUUUGCAAAGGACUUGAACUUGCUAGAAACUUCCAGUUCCCUGUGUUGAGAGAGCCUCCACAAUCCUUUCUCGUGACCAUGGAGGAAUAUAUAAGAGAAGCACCACGGAUGGUUUCUGUUCCCAAUGAAACUUUGGAAUAUCCGGAAAGGCUUCAGUUGACGUAUAGACAAGAGGAUGUUCCUUCACCUUCCGAAGACGCAAAAGUGUUGUCUGAGGAAGCUAAGCCUCCUCCUUCAGAUGGUGAUGCUGUCUCAACUACGGAGGCAGCCGUUCCCCCUUCACCUCCUCCUGCUAAUAACCUGGACACUGAUGAUUUACUGGGCUUGAAUGCUAUUGCACCUGAUGCAUCUGCUAUUGAGGAAAGCAAUAUGUUGGCUUUGGCCAUAGUUCCAUCUGAUACUACAUUUGAGUCUAGUGCUUCGCAAUCCAAAGAUUUUGACCCUACUGGAUGGGAACUUGCCCUGGUCACUACUCCCGGCAGCAACUUAUCUUCAGUUCAGGACAGGCAAUUAGCUGGUGGACUGGAUUCCCUCACUCUUAAUAGUUUGUACGAUGAAUCUGCUUAUAGAGCAUCACAGCAACCAGCAUAUGGAGCACCUGCUAACAAUCCAUUUCAAGUGGCUGAUCCAUUUGCAUUAUCCAAUACUGUUGCUCCUCCCCCAGCUGUUCAAAUGGCGGCAAUGGCUCAAUAUCAAAGUAAUCCUUUUGGUCCGUUCGAACCUGCUUAUCCCCACCCCCAACAGCAACAAAAUUUACUGAUGGGCCCACAAAAUCCUUUUGGCGAUAUGGGUCUUGGAGCAUUUCCUGUCAACCCUGCUGCUCAUCCGCAAACAAGCAACCCAUUUGGGAGCACUAGCCUUCUAUAAUAAUGAUGCACAUAUUUGCGGAAUGUAAUUUACUCGGCCUAGUUGAUUUUUUCAAGUUCCAAAUGAGUGAAGCAGUGUGGUGGUGCAACCAUUUGCGUGGAAGAUUAUUUUUCAGCUGGAAUCAUAUGCGCAUCUUUUUUUGUGAAGACAGAACAAAUAAAAAUGUAAUUUCAUGUUGAUAUGAUACAAGAUUUAUAGACGUGGUUGAUAAUCUUACUAUUUAUUGUUCAGAAGUGGACUUCUGGCUAUUGUACUUCAAGGUAGUUUUAGUCGGAUCUCCGCUUGAUAUUGGCUUGGCACUGGCAUGUAUUCUUGAUAUUUGGAAGUUUAGCUUCUAUGUUUAGAUUUGGGAUUUUUGCUUUU